AUGUUGAAGCUACUAACCAGGAAGAAGGCGGUCUUUUUUAAUGGGCCUGCAGAGGAGAGAAAUCUUGAAAGAGAGGGAGAUGUUGAGGAGGUGAAGGAGUUUGCUAGCCUUGCUGAGAGGCGUUUGAGAAUGAAAGGAGAAGAAAGUAGCAGCAGAACUAGAGGAUCUGACUACUAUGGCAUUGGCAGGGCAGUCAUGGGUUGGAGAGGAAUUGAAUUCAAAGUGGCAGGGAAUUUUGGUGGUGAGCAUCAAAAAAACAUUAGUGACGGAGGAGGCAGUACCGGAUACCUGACUUUUUAA